AUGCGUUUCGGAAGAUCGGACGAUUUAGCCGCCCUUCGCGACGAUAUACGGCCACGAAUUUACAAAUUGCUAAAUCGGGGCUCGGACGCGCUCGUCCCACGCUGCUUGAACUUGCCGUACGGCGAGAAAAGAAAGCCCGUAGCAAGAAAAGUUGCCACCUUCUUUGCAAACAGCGGCGGCGCCAAACUCGAUCGCGAAAUUGGGGCAACGAAUUUACUGAAGCAGGGGCAAGUACAUGCCAUGAAACGAUCCCGCGCAUGCGAUGACCUCGUGGCGCUGGCCGCCGAGGCUUCCACACGAAACAGCGAUAGCGAAUGCUCACAGCGGGUCGCCGUGGACGAUUGGACGCCUUUCGUGGAGGGUCCGGCUCACCGGUUUAAGCGCUCCAGGGCAGCCGUGGACAGCCCAAGCAGCAGCAGUGACGAGGCGGACGAAAAAGAACGGCAUGAUCGACAUGCUCUGCAGUUCAUGUUGGAGGUGAAUAACCGUGAGUGUCUCAGCUCGGAGGUGACGCUUAGACCCUCCUCCGCACCCUCGCGUUCUUCUGUGCUAGACGACGACAGCUUGCCACUGCGUCGCAACUCGCGCGAAAAGAUGCUGCUCAGGAAAAAAAAACAACGUGUCGUGGAUAUCACGAACAGAUUUAAUGACUUUGGCAUUCACGACGAGGACUUAAACAUCGCUACGAGGACGAAAUUGCAUUUCCCGACCCCGCUAGUGGCAAAACCCCAGCCCGUGGUGAUUAUAGAGACGCCCGAGACGCCUGAACCCCGUAUCCUUCGUGGAUUGUGCUUUCCGCGCGAGGCGCGGUGUAUUGACCCGCUCGAUAAGCGACAAGCUCAGCCCUUCGACAUGUCAGCCUUCAUCAUGCUGUCCAUCUCACCCGAGCGAUGA